AUGACCUCUCUCCGUUCCUUCGAAUCGUCCUCCUGUUCGCCUCAAUCCAAACGAAUGACACAAUCUCAAACCCCCGGGUUGGAUACUCUGGCAGAGGGGUCGCAGUAUGCGUUGGAACAGCUUCAGUUAGCACGGGAGGCCGGUGCAUCUGCUAACGCCCCGACCGACCCCGGAUCCUCUCUGACCGACUCUAAGCCGUCGCGACAUACCCAGCAUCUAUUGUAUAGCGACCAGCACAAUCCCUCCUCCAGUUUGAAAGAUCUACACCCACGCGACUCACUGGCGGAGGCGCGGUCUGCCAUUCGCAAGAACUCGGCUGCAACGCCAGUUCGCCGGAGAAUUAGCCGGGCCUGCGACCAGUGCAACCAGCUGCGCACCAAAUGUGACGGGCAGAAUCCAUGCGCGCAUUGUGUUGAAUUCGGUCUCAGUUGCGAGUACGCCCGCGAGCGCAAGAAGCGCGGCAAAGCGUCGAAAAAGGAUCUAGCCGCUGUGGGCAAUAAUGAGAGCGAUGGUGGUCUCAACGAGAAUUUGCCACGAGCAAUAGGACCGAAUUCGACUGGGUCGGCUUUGCACGAAUCCAAUGAAAACUAUGACCCUGCUUUCGAUGCUGCGCGCACUUUGGCAGAGGGGGCCCAGGCCCGAUCGCACGAGGUGGGUGGGCUAUCUGCAAUGCGGCCAAAUCAGACAUCUGCCCAAGCCCCUCAGCAGCAGCUGGGAUCUAGUAACAUGGUGGGUUUGCCAUUCAAUAAUUAUGGAUCCGUCCAGGACCCCUCUCGACCCCCUAUGCCUGUGCCAGACAUACGCUCUAUUCAAAUGAUGCAAAACCCAAAUGGAAAUCCUCGAUCGCCUGGCUCGAUGCUCCAGUCUCAAGGUUUUUCUUCGGGUUAUCAUGAAAACUCAUAUCCUUUGAUGAAUGCGCAGGACGCAAAUUCAAACCCUAUGAGUCAUUUCCGCAUUGGAAAUUCCACCGAGAAUCCAUCAGCUUCGUUUAUGGGCUUCUCUCCUCCAGCUCAGUCACCAAGCUGGCUUCCACUGCCGUCGCCAUCUCCUGCCAACUUCCCCUCUUACAGCAUGCCCCCAUUCUCCAGUUCAUUGAGAUACCCCGUCUUGCAACCAGUUCUCCCGCAUAUUGUGUCUAUAAUUCCCCAAUCUCUCGCCUGUGAUCUUCUUGACGUCUAUUUCACUAGCUCUUCCUCCUCCCGUCUUUCUCCAUCCUCGCCCUACGUGGUUGGAUAUGUUUUCCGCAAACAGUCAUUCCUCCACCCCACAAAACCUCGAUCAUGCAGCCCUGGGCUUUUGGCCAGUAUGCUGUGGGUCGCAGCUCAAACAAGCGAAGCCGCUUUCCUGACAUCGCCUCCCUCGGCCCGUGGCCGGGUCUGCCAAAAGUUGUUGGAGUUGACGAUUGGUUUACUACGACCACUCAUUCACGGGCCUGCGACUGGAGAGGCGUCGCCCAAUUAUCCAGCUAACAUGGUUAUCAACGGUGUCGCGCUUGGCGGCUUCGGUGUUUCGAUGGAUCAAUUGGGCGCACAGAGCAGUGCGACUGGUGCGGUGGAUGACGUCGCUACAUACGUUCAUCUAGCAACUGUUGUCUCCGCCAGUGAGUACAAAGCGGCCAGUAUGCGCUGGUGGACAGCUGCAUGGUCCCUUGCUAGGGAGCUCAAAUUGGGCCGCGAGUUGCCACCUAAUGCGACAACUCGACAAGACGGCGAAAUGGAUGGCGAAGGAGAUAUCGACGUCAAUGGAAACAAGAGACCACCUCCAUCGCUGAUGGGUCAUGGUCCAGGUAACUCGGCGAUUAGCCUCACAGAGGAAGAGCGCGAGGAGCGCCGUCGGAUCUGGUGGUUGCUAUAUGCAACAGACCGCCACCUGGCACUCUGCUACAAUCGCCCGUUGACUCUUCUAGACAAAGAGUGUGAAGGCCUACUCCAACCUAUCAACGAUGACAUCUGGCAAGCUGGCGAUUUUUCCUCCAUGGGUUACCGCCGGGCUGGCCCGUCCUUCGAGUGCACAGGGCACAGCAUGUUCGGCUACUUCCUCCCUUUGAUGUCCAUUCUGGGUGAAAUUGUGGAUCUUCAACAUGCCCGAAACCACCCCCGCUUCGGUCUUCACUUCCGUAGCAGUGGCGAAUGGGAAAGCCAAGCAAUGGAAAUCAGUCGACAACUGGACGUAUACGCGCAGAGCUUGAAAGAGUUUGAAGCUAGAUAUACCAGCUCAUUGGCCCUUGGGACGGCCGAGCCCGACACAGCCAUGGAAGGUUCCAAUAUUAACCACAUGAGCCCGUCUGGCCGGUCAAGUAGCACCGUUGGAUCCCAUGUGAGCGAGUCCAUCGUUCACACGAAAAUGGUCGUUGCCUACGGUACACACAUCAUGCACGUCCUUCACAUUUUGCUCGCUGGCAAAUGGGACCCAAUCAAUCUGCUUGAUGAUAACGAUCUCUGGAUCUCAUCCGAGUCCUUUAUCUCUGCGAUGGGCCACGCUGUCAGUGCCGCCGAGGCUGCCUCGGAUAUCCUCGAAUACGACCCCGAUCUGAGCUUCAUGCCGUUCUUCUUCGGGAUAUACCUUCUCCAGGGUAGUUUCUUGCUACUCUUAACUGCUGAUAAGUUACAAGGAGACGCAAGCCCUAGUGUUGUUCGGGCCUGCGAAACCAUAGUGCGCGCACACGAGGCUUGCGUCGUGACACUGAACACUGAAUACCAGCGAACUUUCCGAAAGGUGAUGCGCUCGGCUCUGGCUCAAGUGCGUGGCCGCGUCCCGGAAGACUUUGGCGAGCAGCAGCAACGUAGACGUGAAGUGCUGGCUCUUUAUCGUUGGAGUGGUGACGGUAGUGGCCUUGCACUUUAG